AUGACGUUUCACACAGGGCGUCUGUUGGUCGGUCGUGAAAAGGAGCAACAGUUUUUGUUUUCGUUAAUGUGUAAAAAAAACCCUUUAUCCACAUGCUUUGUUAUCACAGGCCCUCCGGGUUGUGGCAAAUCAGUUUUAGUGUCCUCAACAUUCGAACUUCUGGAAGAGUCUUGUGGAAUGUUAUGGGUGUUAAUUAGCUGCCUAGAAAGCUUUGUGGGGACCCAAGGGACAUGUGGAGCUACUUCAUCAAGAUAUUUUCUUGAAUUGAUUUUACAGUCGAUUAAGUGUCGUUAUCUGCCCGAAGCUGAUUUAUGUAUUAGUUGUGAAGAUACCUCCAGUUUCAUAGAUAACUUAUGUCAAAUUUUGCUAGCUAUUGGAGCUAGAAAUACUCAUGACCAAACUUGUGUAGGGUUAAUUUUCGAACAGGCUGAGAGACUGUGCGAUGGGGAAUCACUAGUCCUCCCCUUAAUCAUCGGUCUUGGAGCUUCUGUAAAUGAAAAGCUAAAUCAAUUAGGCAGUCUUCACACACCACUGUUGUUCACUGUCCUGGUAACUAGGUUGCCAUGGGAGAAGUUUAAUUUCGGGACAUUCAGUUUUGAACCUUAUGUUAUCUCUGUUGAAAGUUAUUCUCGUGACCAGUUGGCAAGAUUACUUACAUCUUUGUUACCGUCUAAUGCAUCUGAAUCUCGUUUCAACAGGUUUGUUGACUUACUAUUAACAGUGUGCUUCCCUGUUUGUCGUAACGCUGGUGAACUCAUUCAUUUAAUGAAUAUAAACUGGAAUGCUUUUAAUGAACCUGUAAAUAAAGGCUUGGUUGCCGCGGACGAUGAAUGGGGUCAAUGGAAGUUGGCUCAACCAUAUCUCAAAAAGUCUUUGUCUACUCUGUAUUUGCGUCAUUAUGGGGAUUCAAAUUUAGCUUCUCUGUCUACGAAAAACGCUGGGAGACAAAAUUUUUUGGAAUUACCUUAUUUGACUAGAUUUUUACUUAUUGCUGCAUUUAUGGCUUCACAUAAUCCCCGCUCAUCGGACAAAAAGCUCCUGACAAAGAACUCCGGACGUUUAAGUAUCCGUAAAAAGAAACAGGAAAAGGAAGUAUACAAGACACAAGCAGAGUUUACUGGCCCUCGAAUCUUCACCCUAGAUCGCUUGUUGGCAAUAUUCUAUGUCCUAGUACAAAAUGAAUUUGCAAAAGUACCAUGCACAAGUAUUUUAAUGAGUCAAAUUGCCUGUUUAACAGCCUGUGGUCUUUUAUCGCCAAGUUCACAGGCUUUGUCUGUUGGGAAUUCAUCUACUACUGGAUUGAGUACAACAAAUAGUUCGGUUAACGCUAUAUCUGAUUUAGACCCUUUGGCUAACCCUAAAUAUCGUUGCUUGAUAAGUUUAG